CCCGACGAAAACGCAUUCUCGAGACGGCGGAUUCAUUUCUCUUUGUCGGCGAAGAAGUAUUCCACACUCUGUCGCACGCCGUCCACCUUUGUCAGCCCUGCGUGGUUGUUCUCGGGCAAGCAGUGAAGAAGGUUCGAAGCAUAGGGCAUUUUCUAAGACCAAAAUCGGGCAAAUUAUCUUUGGCUUCCAUAAAAUAAUGGCUAGGUGGGAUGCUAUUCUAUCUCUUCCUGUACAAAAUCCUCCUACGUUGGAGUUUUCUUCUGUUGAUCUAGUAUGGUCAAAAGUUGAAGGUUGGCAUGACAAAUUAGAUAGAGUAGCUUUAAUCCCAUUUGCUAGAGUUGAUGAUUUUGUUCGGGGUGAAUCCUCCAAUAAAGACUGUCCAACACGAUUUCAUGUUGAAGCCAGACGUCGGAGGCCUCCAUCAAUGCCUUACAAGCCAAAGGUUGAUGGCAUACUAGAAUAUAUUCUGUAUUGGUGUUCCUUUGGUCCUGAUGACCACAGGAAAGGUGGCAUUGUACGGCCCAGUCGGAGUACCUAUGUCCCAAAGAAAAAAAAUGCUGGCCGACCAAAUACUAAGAGAGGUUGCACCUGUCACUUUAUUGUGAAACGCCUGAUAGCUGAACCCUCGGUUGCCCUCAUCAUUUUUAAUGAUGAUAAGCAUGUGGAUAAAAAGGGGUUGCCAUGCCAUGGUCCUCAGGACAAGAUGGCUGCUGGAACUCGAGCUAUGUUUGCUCCAUACAUCUCAGAAGAUCUAAGGCUUCGUGUGUUAUCUCUUCUAUAUGUUGGAGUUUCUGUGGAGACCAUUAUGCAAAGGCACAAUGAAACAGUGGAGAGACAAGGCGGCCCAUCUAACCGUGAUGACCUUUUAACCCAUCGUUAUGUUCGACGGCAAGAGCGGGCAAUACGCCGGUCUACAUAUGAACUAGAUUCUGAUGAUUCUGUCAGUAUCACCAUGUGGGUUGAAACCCACCGGAAUCAUGUAUUCUUUUAUGAAGAUUUCUCUGAUUCAGACCCUUUCACUUUAGGCAUUCAAACUGAGUGGCAAUUGCAGCAAAUGAUUAGAUUUGGCAACCGUAGUCUCCUUGUGUCAGAUUCAAAAUUUGGUACAAACAAAUUGAAGUACCCCAUUCACAGUCUUCUAGUAUUCAACUCUGACAAGAAGGCCAUACCCGUGGCUUGGAUAAUAACACCAAGAUUUUCAAGUUUGGAUUCACAUAGAUGGAUGAGGGCACUCUACAAUAGAGUCCAUACUAAAGAUCCUGCGUGGAAGUUGGCUGGCUUUAUUGUAGAUGAUCCUCUGUGUGAUGUCCUUGCAAUCAGGGAUGUUUUUCAGUGUUCAGUAUUGAUAAGCUUCUGGAGGGUUCGUCAUGCAUUGCAUAAAAACAUAGUGAAGAAGUGUUUAGACACUGAGAUGCAAGCUGAAAUAUCAAGACACCUUGGACAGAUAGUGGACAAAAUAUGCAGGGGUCAGGGAACUGUGUCCCUUUUUGAAGAUUUUAUGGAAGAUUUUGUUGAUCAAUCAGAUUUUAUGGAUUAUUUCAAGGCUACGUGGUAUCCCAGAAUAGGGAGGUGGACCAGUGCGCUAAAAACUCUUCCUCUUGCCAGCCAGGAGACUUGUGCAGCAAUAGAAUUUUACCACAACCAGCUGAAGAUUAGACUGUUGAAUGAGAAAAACGUCAGCGUUUAUCAGCGUGCUGAUUGGUUAGUUGACAAGUUGGGUACUAAGGUUCAUUCUUAUUUUUGGCUUGAUGAGUAUACAGGAAAAGAUGAUUUUGCACGGUAUUGGAAAAAUGAAUGGGCAAGUGGGUUAACAUCGUGGCGCAAAUCACUGAAGAUAGCGGAUUCUGAUGUUGUCAUGGUAGAUGGAUGCGCUAAGGUUGUUGAUCAACUUGAUCAAGAUGAAGUUUAUGUCGUCUGGAAUCCGGGUUCUAUGUUUGGAAUUUGUGACUGUAAUUGGGCACAGGAAGGCAACCUGUGUGAGCACAUUCUAAAAGUUAUUAGUGUCUGUCAGAAGAAAAGGUCCAUUCUUCCAUCUAUCAGCUUAUUCCAGUACCACCGGGCAUUGAUUGACAUGCUGCACUGCCCGCCCUCUGAUUCUUUGAUUCGUGAUCAUGCUGUAUCGUUGGCAGUUUCUGUUCAGAAGCAAUUAAAUGCACUGCUUGAUUCAGAAAGUCGCCAGAAUGUUGAGGAUCCUAUUGAGACACAGACUAUUGAUCACACCAAUCAACAAACAUCCAGUUCAGAAACGCCAUUGGGUCAGAUAUGCCAUAGAAACGAUGCCUCAACUUGCGAAGGUGACGGUUCUGCAUGUGGAAGUGAAGCUGCAGGAUUAGUAAAUGGCGGUUUUGGUGAUCAGGUUAUGGGAGCCGGAGAAGACAUGUUAUCUGCUGACAUGGACGUUGACCCGUCAUCGAUUUGUAUUUCCCCAGUCCCACCAGGUUUGCACUCUGUUGAUGAGGCUGUUUUGAGUAAUGUUCUGCCAAUAGACAAUGAGAGAGCUCUAACUCUUGGGGGGAGUAAGAUAUCUUCCAAAAACGAUGCCGUUUGUGCAUCCCCAACGGAGACUUCAAAGCAUUGUACACAUCAGAAUAUGGUCAAUGGUAAGUCCACAGUUAUUUCUGAUACAAUAGAGUCUGAUGUUCAAUUGAAUGUUGAACCACCGGUGCUUGAUGUAGUUGAAGAUGAAAGCCUAGAAAACAUGGAUGUUGAUUUGAGAUCAAAUAAUACAUGACCAUUCAGCAUGAGCACAAAUGGA